AUGAAUGAUGAAUCUGAUGAUGAACUUCCAAGUAAUUGGGAAGAAGCAAAAACAACUGAUGGACGAAUAUUUUAUAUUAAUCAUCAAACACAAAUAACACAAUGGGAACAUCCAGUUACGAAUAAAGUUAAAAUUAUACCUAAAGAAUUACCAUUUGGUUGGAAAGAAAUUAUUGAAAAAAAUGGCAAUGUUUUUUAUGUUGAUGAAAAAAAUAAAAUUUGUACAACUAGUGAUCCUCGUUUAGCAUUUACGAAAGAUGCAACAACACAAGAUUCUAGUACACAAUAUGGACAUCAAUCAAAUGCAUUACAAAUUCUUUAUGGAAUAGAUUUAAGUAAUAAAACAGCUAUUAUUACUGGUGCUAAUACUGGCAUAGGUUUUGAAAUAGCUCGUUCAUUAGCAAAACAUGGUUGUCAAGUUAUUUUAGCUUGUCGAAAUAUGACAAAAGGUGAAGCUGCAUGUUCAAAAAUUCUUAAAGAACAGGAAAAUGCAAAUGUUAGUUGUCGAAAAUUAGAUUUAUGUUCAUUACGUAAUGUUAAACAAUUUGCUGAACAAUAUCGACAAGAAUGUUUACCAUUACAUUUUCUUAUAUUAAAUGCUGGUGUUUUAAAUCCAAAAUUUAAAUUAACUGAAGAUGGUUAUGAAGAAAUGUUUCAAGUUAAUUAUAUGUCACAAGCAUAUCUUACUUUUGGUUUAAUUCAAUCAAUGUUAACAACUAAUACUAAUAGUCUACCACGUGUUAUUGCAAUUAGUUGUGAAUCUCAUCGAGUAGAAAGUCCAGGUAUUUCAAUGCUUAAUGGUAUUAUAUCAGAUCGAUUAAGUCCACGUUCAUCAAAUCAUUUUGAUCAUUUAAUUGCAUAUGGUCAAUCAAAACUUUGUUUAAUUAUGUUUAUUGCAGAAUUUCGACGAAAUUAUCCACAAAUUUAUUCUGUUGCUUGUCAUCCAGGUAAUGCAAUUAAUACUGAUUUAACUCGUAAUUCUUAUUUAUAUCGAUUUCUUGUUACAAUUGCACGUCCAUUUUCAAAAUCUUUGCAACAAGCAGCAGCAACACCAAUCUUUUGUACUAUAAUGCAAUGUGUUUUAAAUGAACCAACUAUAUAUUAUAAUAAUUGUUAUGAAGGUUCACCAUCAUCAUUUGUUUAUAAUAUAAAAUUAACUGAGGAUUUAUGGAUACAAACUCAAACAAUGAUUGAAUCAGCUUUUAAAAAACAGCCAUUAAUUGUUUAA